AAUAUGAAAAGAUAAGGAGAGGGAUAAAGCGGUAAGGGAUGAGUGUUUGAGAUAGAGCGAAAGAGAUGUCGUUGGUUUCAAGCAUGUUCGGGUGUGGAGUGGUGAUGGCGGCGUCGCAAGCAAUGGGAAUUGGAAGGAGAAGCGAUGGUGGAUUGACGAUAGUGUGUUCGUCUAGGCCGCAGAAGAAAGCGACGGCGCAUCACAUGAAGACUCGGCCUCGGAAGACGCAGGCAUGGGAUAGAAACCGCAAGCCCACCGUCUACGAUCCACUCCCUCCUCUUCCUCCUGAUUGGACCCUCGUUAUUCCCGCUGACGCUUCUUCUGCUCCCGUUACGCCUCCGCCUCCAACUCCCUCUGCCUAGUCACUCUCUCGGUACUCUCUCUCGUUUUCAUGUAGUCUUAUCUUUAAUUCCAGCAGCUUUUCUUUCAUGUUUUCAUCUCAAAUCAAACCUUCAUCAUUUGUUUUGGAUCAAUAAAUGUUUCUGAAUUCUCUCUCUUU